AUGUCAACGAUCGAUGCCACCAUCAAAGGUCUCUCGGAUUCUAAUCAAAAAUACGAUGGAGCAGAUCUCGAAAUCGUCAUUCUACAUACCAGAUGGAAUCAGUCUAUCAUCACAGCUUUAGUCACAGGAGCAAUAGAUACUUUACUAGCAAGUGGCGUCAAGCGUGAAAAGAUCUUCAUCGAAGAUGUUCCAGGCAGUUACGAAUUACCAUGGGCAGCUUCACACCCACGUGGUUCUCGAAUCUCCGCUUUGAUCGCAAUCGGUACUCUCAUCAAGGGGAGCACUAUGCACUUCGAAUAUAUCUGCGAUGCCGUAUCGCAUGGAUUAAUGAAAGCCUCGAUGGAAAAUGGUACACCAGUCAUCUUUGGAGUUUUAACUUGUCUCACUGAACUUCAAGCUCAACAAAGAGCUGGAUUAGUACCUGGUUCUCAUAAUCAUGGUGAAGAUUGGGCUAAAGCAGCAGUUGAAUGCGGAGUGAAACGUACUAGCUGGUCAUCGGGUGGAGGACUAUUGUCACUCGCCGACAAAGACUUUCCUAAAUCAUGA